CAGUUAACACAUGCUGCUGCAUUACCAGCACCAGCAGACCUGCAGCUCCACCUGACUGAGUGCAGCUCCUCUCUGACCCACACAAACACCCUGAAUUUCAGUCCUGUUGGAACCCUUAAACACAUCUACACUUUUAAAGAAACUGCCCUUAAUUGACUUCUGUCCUUGACACGAUGACAGAGGGGAACAACUUACCUGCAGGUGAUGCGGCCGAGACCAGCGUCGUGCCGGUGGAGGAGAAGCGUCCGGAGGAGGCGGCGAAUGAGAAGAAGGAGAACGGGGACAGCAAGGUGAACAUCACGGAGAAGGCGCCCGCACCGGGGGAAGCGGAGGAGGCUGAGUUUGUGCACCCAGAAGGCGGCUGGGGGUGGGUGGUCAUGCUGGCUUCCAUGUGGUGCAACGGCUCGGUGUUCGGGAUCCAAAACGCCUUCGGGCUGCUCUUCCUCUCGCUGCUGCAGGAGUUCGGCUCCGUGGACGACCAGGACCUCCGCUUCAGGACAGCAUGGGUGGGCUCCCUCUCCAUGGGGAUGAUCUUCUUCUGUUCUCCCAUCGUCAGCGUCUUCACUGACAUGUUCGGCUGUAGAAUUACCGCAGUGGGUGGCGCUGCUGUCGGCCUGGUCGGCCUCCUGGCCAGCUCCUUUGUUUCGUCCCUGGGCGUCAUGUACUUCACCUAUGGCAUUGUGUUUGCAUGCGGCUGUUCUUUUGCCUACCAGCCCAGCCUGGUCAUCCUGGGCCACUACUUCAAGAAGCGUCUGGGUCUGGUGAACGGCAUCGUGACGGCAGGCAGCAGCAUCUUCACCAUCACCCUGCCCUUCGUGCUGUCAGGCCUGCUGGAAAGAGUUGGUCUCCACAACACCAUGCGUGUCCUUUGUGUCCUCAUGUUUGUGCUGAUGCUGGCUGGCUUCACCUACAAGCCCCUGCUGCCCGUGAAACCCGCUACCUCCCAAACAGGAGGCUCACGUUUGAAGCAGAUCUUUAACGUCAACAUCUGGAAGUCUUGGGGAUAUCGCAUUUGGGCAUUUGGCAUCCCUGCAGCCCUCUAUGGCUACUUUGUGCCUUAUGUUCACCUGAUGAAUCACGUGAAGGAGCGUUUUGGAGAAGACACCAACAAAGAGGUUCUGCUCAUGUGCAUCGGCAUCACAUCAGGCGUGGGUCGACUCAUCUUUGGCAGAGUAGCAGACUACAUUACCGGAGUCAACAAAGUCUACUUGCAGGUGACUUCCUUCUUCAUCAUUGGCCUCAUGUCCAUGAUGAUUCCUCUGUGCUACAUCUUCGGCGGACUGAUCGCUGUGUGCCUGCUGAUGGGGCUGUUCGACGGCUGCUUCAUCUGCAUCAUGGCUCCCAUCGCCUUCGAGCUGGUCGGGGCCAACGACGUGUCCCAGGCCAUCGGCUUCUUGCUGGGCCUGAUGUCCGUGCCCAUGGUUGUGGGACCCCCGAUUGCAGGUUACCUGAGGGACACGCUGGGCAGCUACGACGUGGCCUUCUACCUGGCUGUUCCACCGAUCAUCGGAGGGGCUCUGCUGUGUCUGAUUCCCUGGGUGGAGGCCAAACGCAAGAGGAUGGAAAACAAGGAGACCCUGAGGACGGAGCAGGACGUCACCCAGAAGAUGAUAGAGAGUGAGAAGGCUGUGGUAGAAUCACACAACAAAACUGGAGAGUCUGUCCUCUAAGUUCCCUGAGCAGACUGAGAAAGAGACACAUGGAGUCAGACUGAGACUGCUGCUGACCGGCAGUAUUAAGAUACUGUGUUAGUGUGUGUCUGUUAAGAUUGUAACAGCUGCCUUCAAUAGGAGAAAAUGCCAAAGUGAUGAAACAUAUCAGAGUCAUAAGUUGAAGUACAGUUGAACAUGAAUGUGAUCCUGAAGAUCUAUGCAUCAGACUGAACUAAUCUUACAGCCGGCAAACUUGAGAUUCAAAAUGAAAAUGAAGAAAACCGCACAUUUCAUUUUUGUCACAAGGGGAACAAGGCAUGCUGUUCUUACUAUGAAUGCAGCGUAAAAGCUGCAGAUUCAGUCCUUAGCCAGCGUCUCAACCAAAAACCACACUAUCAGCCGGCAUACUUGGUGGCUGAGUGGGCUAUCAUUAUCCUUUACAAUCAGUUUUCAACACUACCACAUAGUUUUAGAUGUACAAAUCUGGUAUUUAAAGAACAUAUAUUGGCUUAUACAAGAAAGACCAGUCAUGUGUAGGAGCCAACUGGUCUGCUAAAGAUUAUUCCUAAACCCUCCAUCUUUAUUUUCUCCAUUGUGUACUCAUAUAGGACUCUACUGUCAGUCUUAACACAUGCCAGAGUUGUAAAUAUGGGACUGAUCUAUUCAUAGUGUUUUAAAGGGACAUACAGCAACUAUCACUUCAGAGAAGUGUCCUGACAAAUUUGGGUUUUUUAUCGUGACACUCUGGGAUCUGUGAAUGGUGCUCGGACAGUUUAAGGGACGCAGCUCUCGGAAGUGCAGUGAAUUGCAAACCGUCAGCUCAAGACGAGCAGCUCCGUCAUCGAGGCUGGAUGCAGGAAAUCUUUAACAUGAUGGACUCCAUGUUUGCCACACUUCUGUACGCACCGUAAGGACUCAAUAUAAACUGAACUAAUAGUAACCUAAAGGGGGACACCAGUGUUAUUAUCCACUCUGAGUCCUCAUCGUGUCCCUGCGUUAGACUUUGAUUAUUUCAGUCUACGCUCCAUGGCGUGUAUUUUUAACAUUACAACUAUUGAAGUACUCUAAACUUGUUCUUACAGUCGAGGAGGGGCCCCGUAAUGAGUUGAUCUGAUACUGUGACUGAUUCACCGCGAAGAGGCUGCUUUCAAUCAAACUCUGGUAAACCUCCUCACUGGUUCACAUUCAUAUCCUCUUAGAGAAGUCAGUACACUCUUUGGAAAAUACACCAGAUUGUUAACUCUCAUAUCUGUCUUGUAAACAUAUGGAAACUGAACAGCUUUGUUUAGGCCUCGUCCACACUAAUAUGAAUAUUUUGCUAAAUUAAUUAAGCAUCUUAGACACUAGACUCCCUCAAAAGUACAGAUUUUUAAAAAGUCAUUCUCUUUUUUGCAGCAACAACAGGCAAAUAACUAGAAAAUGACACAAGGUUCUUGUCAGAUAUUUGACAUAUAGUUGAUGUAAUCAUCUCAGCCAUUUUUUGCUUCUGUCACAUUUUUGCUAACUGGGUUAAUCAUUUUUCACUGCAGUAUAAAGUCCUGCACCUCUAUGGAAACAGCACAACCAUGGCUAGAAGUAGAGGAAGCUUAAAGAACAAUAGGUUCUCUUGCUUUAGCUAUAGGGUUACAUUGUGCUUGUUUUGUUUCGUGACAGUUUUUCAGUUGUGUUUUUGCGUUUUCAUGUGGAUGGAGAUUUUUUUGAGAACAAAAUAGGAAAAACAAAAUUUUUGAAAAAGCUCAUGUUCAUGUAGACUAGUCCUAAAAACUGACGGGGGCAGAAAAAUAUCCAUAUUAGUGUUGACCAGGCCUUAGAACCAACAGUGGAACAGGAGGAAGCUGCUUGCUGCCUGUCUGAAGUUAACAAAAGAGGACUUGCAGAACCACUAAACUCAGUGUUAUCACACUGAAUCUCUGCUGUUUAAAAUGCCAUAUUAUUCUUUUCAAAGUGUCACUUCACCAGCACAAGUACCCCCAAGCUUCUACUGAUUCAGAAGGAACACAUUAAGACUGCUUCUUUUGACAUGGAGCCGUGGUUUUUUUUUAGAACAGUGGCGAGAGUUGAUUUUAAAUGUAUUUUUUUCUGAUUCUGAAGACGUCUACAUUUACCUUCUCCCAGCUUUAGUGGAAGAAUCUUUUAAGCCUUUUAGUAUUCACAACAAGUGACGAGGUCCGGGUCAUAUAGCAGCUGUCGCCAUGGCAACAACCUGCUGGGAUGGAUGGCCUCCUAAAUGGACCAAAGACACACAGUUAUACCGGUGCA